GAAGUUCAAAAGGGUCUCUUUCGAGUGUUGGCAAGGCGACCCGUUUGGCUUCCUUCUCAGUUCGGCAUCCACUGCCUGUUGCCGCCACCAGUUCUUGCUUGGCACGAAGUUUCGCCAGCAAAAUGGAAAUUUCCCGUUAGCAAUUUGAUGUCGGUGGACAGUUUUGUUCACUCGCAUGUGGGGUUCGUGUUUCGUGAAUUCUUUGUCGGGCAAUGGAAUGGUGGUCACGACAUGUUUGCGAGGCUACAGAGCUUGUGCAUGAUGAGCGCAUGCUCUUUAAUUGAGGGGCCUUGUUGUUGUCUUGCCCGUGUGCAGUUAGUUCCAUGUGGAGAUGGCGCAUGGAUCGCAUGGUCGGAACAAAUGUUUCUCCUCAUUUGAGCAUUGUCCACAUGCAUAUGAUAUGUUUGCUGGAAUUCCAGAAUGACGCGAGCUACUGAAAAAAGGUGUUGAAUGCUUGUCUCUCGCUAUUUCCUCCUGCUCCAACAAUGUGCGCGGCGCAACGCUCCGAAAAUUGCCAAGAAGCUUCACGCCCAGUUGCUCAAGAACGGCCUUCGCGGAUAUGGCCCUUUGCCCAACACUCUCCUGGAUGCAUAUGGCAAAUGUGGUCUCCCUGGAGAUGCUUUCUCGCUGUUCGAGGAAAUGCCCCGCAGGGACCAAGUCUCUUGGGCCUCAAUCCUCACGGCAUACAAUCAAGCUAACCUCCCUCGCCGAACUCUCUCCGUCUUCCGCGCCGUGCUUGCGGAUGAUGGGUUGCGGCCGGAUCAUUUUGUGUACGCCAGCCUAGUUAAGGCUUGCGCUAGCUUGGGCGGCAUCAUGCUCGGCCGGCAAGUUCAUGCCAGCUUUUUGCUAUCCCCUUUUCGUGCGGACGACGUGACAAAGUCAUCGCUAGUUGAUAUGUAUGCGAAAUGUGGAUCACCAGAUGAUGCUCGUGCCGUUUUUGAUUCAAUCCUAGUGAAGAAUGCAGUUUCUUGGACUGCUAUGAUUUCUGCAUACUCUAGGAGUGGGCUAAAGUCAGAUGCUAUGGCAAUCUUUCAAAGUGCACCCGCAAGAACUUUGUUUUCCUGGACUGCAUUGAUUUCCGGGUUGGUUCAGAGUGGGAAUAAUGUUGACGCGUUUCACUUAUUUAUCGACAUGAGAAGAGAAGGUGUUGACAUCGUAGACCCGUUGGUUCUUUCUAGUAUUGUCGGUGCUUGUGCUAAUUUAGCUAUGUUGGCACUUGGAAAGCAGAUUCAUGGUCUUGUUGUAGUUCUUGGAUAUGAAUCUUGCCUGUUUAUCGAUAAUGCACUCAUUGAUACGUAUGCCAAGUGUAGCGAUAUUCUUGGUGCAAAGGAUAUAUUUAAUGGGAUGAACCACAGAGAUGUAGUAUCUUGGACUUCAAUAAUCGUGGGUACUGCUCAGCAUGGGAAAGCUGAGGAAGCAUUGGAAUUGUUUGAUAAAAUGGUUUCUACUGGAGUAAAGCCAAACGAAGUUACUUUUGUUGGAUUGAUCUAUGCAUGUAGCCAUGUUGGAUUAGUUAAGAGAGGUCGCAGUCUUUUCAAUUCAAUGAUCAAGGAUUAUGGUAUCACUCCUUCCUUGCAACAUUACACUUGCUUACUGGAUCUUCUUAGCCGUUCCGGGCAUCUUGACGAGGCAGAGAACCUUAUCAAUCAAAUGCCAUUUCAACCUGAUGAACCUACAUGGGCAGCUAUUCUUAGUGCUUGCAAACAACAUGGCAAGACUGAAAUGGCAGUUAGAAUUGCUGACGGUCUUUUAAGCCUAAAGCCAGAAGAUCCUUCGUCGUACAUACUUCUGUCCAAUAUCUACGCUCGUGCUGCUAUGUGGGAUAAGGUUGCCAAGAUCAGAAAGACGAUGGUGUUAAUGGAAGUAAGAAAGGAGCCGGGAUAUAGUUGUAUUGACAUUGGGAAAGAAAAUCAAGUAUUCUAUGCAGGGGAGACAACUCAUCCAAUGAAAGAUGAGAUAUUUUGCUUGCUCAAAGAAUUGGACGCAGAGAUGAGAAGGAGAGGUUAUGUUCCGGACACUAGCUCGGUAUUACAUGACAUGGAGCAGCAAGAGAAGGAGAAACAACUUUUCUGGCACAGCGAGAGGUUGGCUGUCGCAUAUGGGCUGCUAAAAUCAGUUCCCGGGACUGUCAUUAGAAUAGUGAAAAAUCUUCGUGUCUGUGGAGAUUGCCAUACUGUACUGAAAUUCAUCAGUGUUAUCGUCAAGCGAGACAUUGUCGUUCGAGAUGCCAAUCGUUAUCACCAUUUCAAAGGAGGGACUUGUUCGUGCAAUGAUUUCUGGUAGUCAUCUUAGAUACGAGUGAGAAAAUCCUCCUAUGUCCCUGAAUUGAUCUUUUGGAGAAGCAAUUCUCAUAUUGUUCGGCCAUGCAGGACCUAAUUUUGAGGCAAAUACUUCUUGGUGGGACGUUUGAUGUAAUCAGUACACAGAAUGUCUUCUUAUUUGAAAACUACUUUCUCUUAGAUAA